AUCACUGUCUGUCAGGACGAGGAACUGGGUGUAGGGGCGCAGCAGGCUCUCUGCAAGAGCACCAGAGUUAACUAACGUUACUUCUGCGCAACUUCUCUGCGAAGUAGUUAGGUAAUUAACUCUGACAUUAACAGAGGCGUGAAAGAGUGACGGGGUGGACCCGGUUAAAUCAGUCCCGAGUUAGCAGAGUGUUGAGUAGUGAAUGUGGAGCCCAUCACAGCGCUGCACUGAUGAUUUGAACAAAGUUUAAAGCCCUCCAGUUGCCUUGGUUUCUGUUAGCAGACAGUUGGGUGUUUCACCUUCCUGAGCAGAGGAGUGUUAAACAUGACUGUGGCCAACGCAAAGUCUGGAAAAGCCAUGCAGCAGGUACUGGACAACCUGAAAUACCUGCCGUCAGGCUCAGGAGCCAAAGAUAUUGACCUCAUAUUUCUCAGAGGCAUCAUGGAGAGCCCCAUCGUCCUCUCCCUCACAAAGGCCCAUGAGCGUCUUGAAGAAGUUAAGCUAAAAGCUGUGCGCGAGGAUAAUGUUCAGCUGGUCACAGAGAUCCUGGAUUCCCUGAACAACCUUCCAGAAGAAGAUGUGGCCGCUGCCGAGCUCGUCAAAAUCCUUCAGGAGCCGCACUUCAAGUCUUUGAUAGAAGCUCACGAUAAAGUGGCUGCAAAGUGCUACGAAAUGCCCCACACAGCGGGAAACAGCAGCGCCUUCAUUUCGAGUUCACUCAUGCCAGCUGAUGCUGUCAGGAUGAUCGGCAUCCAGAAGAAAGCCGGGGAACCACUGGGGGUGACAUUCCGCGUGGAGCAGGGAGAGAUGGUGAUCGCUCGGAUCCUUCACGGCAGCUCGAUUGACAGGCAGGGCAUGCUGCACACGGGGGACAUAAUCCGAGAGGUGAACGGGUGCGAGGUCAGCCAGAGUCCCCAGGAACUCCAGGAGCUGUUGGGGAACUGCACUGGGAGUGUCACACUCAAGGUCCUGCCCAGCUACAGAGACUCACCGGCUCCUCCACAGGUUUAUCUGAAGCCACACUUCAACUAUAAUCCAGCCACAGACAACUUGAUCCCCUGUAAAGAGGCAGGCUUGGCCUUUUCCAAGGGAGACAUCCUUCACGUAGUCAACAAGGAAGAUCCCAACUGGUGGCAGGCAUGCAAAGUUGUUGGUGGAGCGACUGGCCUCAUCCCCAGUCAGUUCUUGGAGGAGAAAAGGAAGGCGUUUGUGAGAAGAGACUUGGAUACUUCGGCUGCAGGCAUGAUCUGUGGAACUGCAAAGAAGAAGAAGAAAAAAAUGAUGUACCUCACUUCAAAGAAUGCAGAUUUUGACCGUUAUGAGCUGCAGAUAUAUGAGGAAGUAGCCAAGAUGCCACCGUUUCAGAGGAAAACGCUGGUUCUGAUUGGGGCCCAGGGAGUUGGGAGGCGGAGCCUGAAGAACAGGCUUAUUGUCAUGAACCCACUGCGAUAUGGAACCACUGUACCCUUCACGUCAAGACAGCCGAGGGAAGAAGAGCGCGACGGCCAGAACUACUGCUUUGUGACGCGAGAGCAGAUGGAGAAGGACGUGAAGGAGAACCGCUACCUGGAGCACGGCGAGUACGAUGGCAACCUUUACGGCACCAAGAUCGACUCCAUCCAUGAAGUGGUGAAUGCCGGCCGCACCUGCAUCCUGGACGUCAACCCUCAGGCCCUGAAGUUGUUGAAGACAGCUGAGUUUAUGCCGUUUGUGGUGUUCAUUGCUGCUCCUGAACUGGAUACACUAAGAGCUAUGCACCAAGCUGUGAUAGAUGCUGGACUCACUACCAAACUACUCACGGAGAACGAUUUGAAGAAGACCGUGGACGAGAGUGCCAGGAUUCGUCGGGCUUACAGCCACUAUUUUGACCGGACUAUUGUCAGUGACAAUCUAGACAAGGCCUUCGAUCAACUGCAAGAGGUGGUGGAGCGAUUAUUCGUGGAGCCCCAGUGGGUUCCAGUCAGCUGGGUCUACUGAUGUUUUCUAACCUCACGGACAGACAUUGCCGUUGAAAGGCGACACGUUAAAGGACGGAGAAUUCAACACGGCACCCAAGGACACAUCAGACCUGUGUGAAAAUGGGUUUUGCACAAAGCUGUAUCAGUCACCUUAAUCGGAAUCGCCGGAUUCCUUUCUAGCCCUCAAUGCAACUCCCAAUGCACAGGAAGUGUACUUAUUUAUUGGCAAAAAUAGAAUCCUUUCUAUUCAUGUGGAUUUGGAGAAAAUACUGGCAGGAUAUUUUAAAAAGAAAUGCAAUUUGUCAUGUUCUGUUUCUUCUGCUCUGUCUGUUGAUUAGGUAAAGUGUAUUUAUUUUGCAAAAGGGUAGCUUGCUCAUUGAAAAGAACAAUACCUCAGUGUGACAGUUUACAGCGCAAAUGUCUCCAGAACAUCAUCUCAUCGUGUCACUACAAACUUGUCAUUCGUGUAAAAUAGUGUCAUCAUUUUGAGACUUUUCUUCUUGCUCAAGGUGGAAUUCAGGCUCUUCUGUCUUUGCCGUUAUAAUAUAGUCAUACAUGGAAAAUGUCACAAGUUUUUUAUGUACAGAAAAAAAAAAUCUCUUUCACUCAAGCACAACAGAUUACAUUAAUUAUGUUGAUUGUUUGUCAGGCGUUUAGAUCCUGUACGUAUUUCUGACUGUUAGAGCUGUCGAUAUGGUGCCGUCUUGUUUAGAAGAAACUUUCCACAGCACUCUGGAACAGGGUACUCCAAUCUCAGUGAACCAUCCCUUUUUGAUGUGAUAUUACUAAAACGUAACUGUUUUAAAUAAAGUUUCUAUCUACUUAUAAAAGGUAUAUUUUAAACAAAUUCAGAAAGGACUUAUUUUAAAUAAACAACCUGUGUUUUCUAA